AUGACAGGGUUUGGAAUUAAUGAUGCUAUUUUAGGAUUGGCAUUUAUGUAUUCAAGUGCAGAUUUAAUAUCUCAAUGGGAUAGCUUUUCUACAUGUUGCCAUCCAAUACAGCUUUGGUUAAUUAUAAGUUAUAUAACAAUUAUUGCUUUCAGAGUAAUUCACUAUGUUUCCAGUUAUCUCACAGAAGGAAGUGAUGAUGUAUUACCAUAUAGUAGUACCUCAGGAGCACCAUUCUGGUUAAAUUUAUCAGUAGUUUGUUUAAUUUUUCCUUUCUUCCUUUCUUGGACUGUAGUCGGUACUAUUUGGCUAAAGAACAUUGAAGCUAAGACUCCACAAUGUUUAGCUGGAGCUGGUACAAGCCAUCCUUGGUUUUUGAUCUUCUGGUUAGUACUUUGCUAUGUUUGGAUCGUUGCUUAUACUGCUUUUAUUGGUAUAUCCAUAUUCUUCGAGUUUAGAGUUAGAAGAGCAGAGGAAGAUCUCUUAUUAUUAGAGAAUGAUGAAGUUGUUAGACGUUGGGGAAGACUUAGACUACUUGCAGAUUAUGGUAUCCACUUUAUUAGACAUGGUCUUACCCCAGUUGAAGUAGCUGCUUUGCCUGUAAGCAAAGUUAAAGUUGAGGAAUUUAAUGAUCCUUGCUCGAUCUGCAUUGAAGACUUUAAAUUGAACGAAGAAAUAAGAACUUUACCAGCAUGUGGACAUUGUUUCCACAAAGGAUGCAUUGAUGCUUGGCUUCUCCGUAAUGCUAUUUGUCCCAACUGCAAGACUUUAGUGAGAUAUGGAAAGACAGAAACAGGUACUUCACCUUGCAGAGGAAAUAGCUACAUUCCAGAUCAUCAAAAUUCGUCAUAUAGAUCAAAUUCCAGAGAUUCAGUAUCUACCAUGGAUACUAGAAGAGAAGCUGGAAGGGAGAGAAGUUAUGACAGUUUGAUGGUAUAA